UAAUAACGUCGGUUGUUAUCCGGAAGCUGCAAGUCGAAACCGAUCCGCUCUCCAUGUUGCUGCUCUUCGCUGCGCUCUGCCUGCUGCAGGUACAUUCAUCUUCGGCAGACAUUCAGGUGUAUAUAGACGAUGCGGACUGCGUGUUCGCCCAUCCAAAGUAUGUUAGCUACUGCGACGUGGGAGUUGACUACGUCAACGAGACCACCAACGCGAUUCACGUUGAUUUCGAGUUGAUCGAGGAUUCCCCCAGGGGCACAAUGGCUAACUUCGAAGUGUUGUUGGACAUAGGGGGUGAUAACUUUGUAUCUACCGGCAUGCAAAUGGAGAUGCCCCUCAAAGACAUGGCAGCCGAACCGAUAGGUGCAGGUCCACUGAUGAAUUGUUUGAGCUGCACCAAUGAUGAGCCGACAUGCAAGAAGGGCAAGCACACGUGCAAUGAUUACUUUCCGUCUGCAGACGAGCUUCCAAGCUCUCUACCAAAUGGACGUUACAAGGCAAUGAUCAGAUUGUACGAAGGCGAAGAAAUGUUUUUGAAGGCAAUAACCUUCGCGCAAGUGCAAACGGAAUUUUAGACACUCGAUUGGUUUGUUCUGCUUCUCCACGGGGAUUAUAUACAGGCAACAAUACAGCACAUAGUUUACGAUAAAGAAUGGGCUUUCACGCGGCUUUAAUGCACGGAAAAAAAUUAUUCCCGACUUACUUUCUUAUAGUGGUAAUGGUUGUAGAUUCUAUCAACGAAAUUAGCGUAAAGGACCUUCCUGAAUGGUAAAAUUCACAAUUUAGAGUGGAGAUCAAUUUAUUUGAAAUAAAUCCCAAUUAUAUCAUU